AUGACGAUGAUCAGAGUUUUCGUUCUUUUGUUUGUCGUAGCCACGUGUCAAUACUUUGCGCUUGGAAAUACUGAUUUUACCAGAGCCACAAAUUGGUUUCAAUCAUUCAAAACAGCCUCCUCCCUAUCAUUUUUGGCAAUGUCUAAUUGUGUAUUACCACAAGUAGAUAUCUCAUCUCUUUCGCAUUCCAAUUCAUCCUCUAAUUCUCUCACAGAUCUUUCCAUUGUGACGAGUUUCGUACACCCCACAACAGUUCCUUGGUUGCUCAAUAUAAGCACCAGUCUCGUUAAUCUUUCACUAUCUGAUAGUGACAUUAAAGGAACUCUUCCAAAUUCUUUUGAAAACAUGAGAUAUCUCAAGAAAAUUGCUUUGUCGGCCAAUGAAUUCGAAGGUGGAAUACCAAAAUCGUUGGGGAAUCUCUGCAGUCUUAAAUUUCUAUGGUUGGAAAUCAACAAGUUCAACACAACACUCGAUGAUGUUUUUAAAAGCCUCAACGGCUGUGCUAGAAACUCAUUGUAUAUUAUGGAUCUGAGUAAGAACAACUUGAGAGGUUCUUUUCCUGAUGAUUCAAAUACAUUUCCGACCCGUCUACAAUAUUUAAGCAUCUUUGACAACCACCUCGAAGGACCCAUACUGACCAAUCUUUCAGUGUUGUCAGACCUUAGAGUAUUGUUUGCCAAUAAUAACAGGUUCAAUGGCACUAUACCUGAAAGUAUUGGUGAGCUCCAAUAUCUCGAGGAUUUCGAUUUCUCUGAUAACGAUUUCUCUGGCCUUGUCUCAGAAGUUCACUUCCGUAAACUUUCCAAUCUAAAGGAACUGUACUUAUCUCGGAACAUGUUAACAGUGAAAUUCGAUCCCGCUUGGGUUCCACCCUUCGACCUAUUCUCCGUUAAGUUGAUGUCCUGCAAGUUAGGUCCUCAGUUUCCCAGUUGGCUUCGAAACCAAACAAAUAUUUCUAUUCUUGAUAUUGAAAACAGCGAAAUUGAUGAUGUUAUUCCUGAUUGGUUUUCCAACCAUGCUUCGAAAUUGCUGAAUCUAAAACUAGUCAUGAAUCAAAUUCAUGGCUCAAUCCCACACUAUCUGUCUAGUGUGCCAGUGUUAUAUCUCUCUAGUAAUCGCUUUGUUACUAUCAAAGAUUUUGUUUGUCAAGCAGUGUCUGACAAAACAGAAGUUCUUGAUGUUUCUAAUAACUUGUUAUUCGGAAGCCUCCCUGAUUAUUGGGGGAACAUGAAGUCUUUGAAGCUUCUCAUGUUAAACGACAACAAUUUUUCUGGAGGGAUCCCAAGCUCAAUGGGCUUUUUGAAUAAAAUUCAGUAUUUAAAUCUGAGGCACAACAACUUAUCGGGAGCUUUACCUUCAUCAAUGAACAAUUGUGCAUAUCUUCAGUUUCUUGAUUUGGAGGACAAUUCGUUGGAAGGAGAAAUACCAACAUGGAUGGGGGAAGGACUUACAAAUUUGUUCAUCCUGGGGCUUAAAUCAAAUAAAUUUUAUGGAAGUAUACCAUCAAAUUUAUGUCACAUUCGUUCCAUUCAAAUUUUAGACCUUUCAAUGAAUGCUCUGUCUGGAGAUAUUCCUUCGUGCAUAAACAAUUUUACACAUAUGAUGGAUAAUAGUACUCAAAAGAUGGUGUUUACCCAUUGGUUUGUUAUCAAGAGGAGGUCUGAAUACCAGUUUCGGGAUUUGGAGUUAUUGAAACUCAUCGAUCUAUCAAGCAAUAAACUAUCUGGUCAAAUACCUGAAGAACUAACAAAUCUGGUUGAAUUGGUUCAACUAAACUUAUCAAGGAACCAUUUAUAUGGAACAAUUCCAAGGGAGAUUGGUAAGAUGAGCAACCUACAAGCACUGGAUUUCUCCAACAACAAUCUUUCAGGUACAAUUCCCACAAGCUUCGAGAAGCUAUCGUUUUUGGCAAACCUGGAUUUGUCAAAUAACAAAUUCUCAGGAAGAAUCCCUACGACCACUCAACUGCUAACCUUUAAUGCUUCUUCAUUCAUCGGAAACAUUGGACUUUGUGGUAAUCCUCUACCAAACUCAUGCUCCAAGAGUAACUCACAUCAUUCAACUAACAUUAAUGACAGUGUUGUUAAUGGUGGUAAAGAAUGGUUUGACAUGUCAUGGCUUAAAAUGGGAUUUGGAGCUGGAGUUGGAGUUGGGUUCGCUGGAGUUUCUGGUUAUUUUUUGUUCAAUAUUUCUUGGAAACUAGCCUUUUUCCAAUUCUUAAAUAUAGUGAAAUUGGUUCUACAUGGAUGA